ACGACAAUGAAAAAUAUCCUGAGGUGCAGUACGAAGCGACCAUUUGCUGACUUCCUCCACGAACGUUUCUUCAGUCCGCUGGGUAUGCACUCGACUAACCUCCAGCCCGAACGUGCUCGAGCUAAGGGUCUUGGUGACCGCAUCGCUACCGGAUAUGUAUGGGACAAAAACGACCAAAAAUACCAAGGAUUCCAAACUCCAGACUGCCCCGAGGCCCAAGGUGCAGGGUCUAUUAUUACCAGUGUCAACGACUAUAUCAGAUGGAUCAAGGCUCUAAUGAACCACGAGGACCCCAUCACAGAAGAAGUCUACAAGGGUAUUAUUAGGUCGCGAUCAUUCGAGAACCCUGAUGAGAAACACCUACCCCCAUUCACCUCGCCAAGAGCGUAUGGUGCUGGUUUGGGGACAUUCUUCUACAGGGGUCAUAAGAUUGUCAGUCACUCUGGCUUAGUAGCUGGCUUUGGCAGCUGGCACUUCUUCCUGCCUGAUGUGAAGUUCGGCGGGGUCAUCUUCGGGAAUUCAGGCGACGGGGAGCCGGUCGCCUCUAUCUUGGGACACGAAUUGAUCGACGAGUUGCUCCGAGUGCCGGAAGCUGAACGACCGGAUUGGAACAAACUCGAAUCCGGAGACAAUGUGAAUGACCCUUCCGAAGAAGACCUUCGGCAACAGCUCUGUCCGGGAAUCAAGGAGACCCAGCCGCAGAAGAUGCCGCUCAGCGCGUACACGGGCAGGUACUGGAACCCGGGCUACCGCGGUAUAACGGUCCAGACCAAAAAUGAUAAGCUCUUCAUUGACGCUACGGAUCGAUCGAUGGGAUUCACGCUUACGCUCGACCAUAUCGGUGAGCAGACGAAGUAUAUUGCCCAUUUUAGUGAUUUCUGGGAAGGCGGCGAUGUCCCUCUUAUGGCAGAGUUUAGGUUUGACAACGAUCGGACGGUCAAGAUGGGUCUGCAGCUGGAGGAAGAGGAAGGUUUUCAGGAGCUGAUUUGGUUUAAUAGGGUGAUUGAUGACCAGACUGGGAAGCAGUCAGAAUUCAGAUGA